AUACAACACGAGGGGGAGGCUGAAAUAUGACGUUUCUAUUUAAUCAUGGUAUCACUAGGGAGGGGAUGGGAAGAAAGUGCUAAGCUACCCGAAACAUAAACCAAGUCGGCAUUUGCGCUGCACGGGUAAAUGUUUUCUGUCUUGUAUAUAUGUUUCUAGUGGAGCCCUGUAACUUUUAUUUCGUCAAUGUAUCUGUUUCGACGGGAGAUUUAUCGACAGACAGCCAGUCAAGCUAACGUUAGCUGGCUAGCUAGCACUACGUUAGUUCACAGAUUUGUAGCUAGCUUUAACUACUAACGUUGCCUAACUAGUUAGCUAGUAACGUUAGAUAUCUAAGCAUAAAAUACCCUGCUUGUUUUACGCUGCAUGCUUGGUAGCUGCUUAUCAUGGACGUGUUCAUUAGUAUUAUAGCUAACGUUAGUCUGAAACGUUGAUUAACGUUAGUUAGCUUGACAUUUUCAACCCACACAUUAUCGUUAAAGCUAACGUUUGCGAAAUACCGUUGCAUUGUCAAAAAAAACUAGCUGUCAUGUUUUCCUCUUAGUUAACAUGCUAUGUAAAAGUGUUCAACUAGCGAGACAUUUACGUUUGCAUAUUAACGUUAGCUAACUAGCUAGUUAAUUGAACUGUCAUGUCGCUCGAAGUUAACGUUAACUAUUGACAGUUGGCUGUUUUUUAUUUAACUAACGUUACCUAGUUAUUACGAACGUUAUCAGGAUGGAAGUUGGUUGUCCUUGCAACUCUAAAGUUAGCUGCCCACCCAACGUUGGCUACCUAGCCAAAUAAUUACAACUAUUCACAAAUGCACGAGCUAGCUAUUAGUUAUGUGGUCGCGCUGUAUGGAGCCUUUAGUCAAAAGGCGAAAUCACAGAUGAGUGUGACAUGACAUCUUUAACUUGUUUCCUGAAAGUGUUUGUAAAUAGCUUUGGUGUAAUCCUAGCUAAGGUUAAAGAAAUAUGUAUUUAACCAGGAAGGGCUCAUUUAGAUUUGGAAUCUAUUUUUCAAGAGCGUCCUGGCCAAGAUGGGCAGCACCAAGUCAUUACACAAUUACAGACAGAGAAAAUGAAAAACGACAGGUAAUCUUGUAAAAAAAAUAAAAACAUAGAAUUCAUAAAACAGCACAUUUUAAAACAUUGACAGGUCAGGGAAUCAGCCUCAAAAUACUUAAAUGAUUUAAAAACACCAAUCAGGACAAGUUCUACCAGUUAAAGUAUUUUGUACUGCGUUCCAAGCAGAUGGCACAGAGUUAAUAAAAGCCAUUUUUACCAAAAUCAGUUCGGACAUUUGGAACAGUUAAGUCCUGCGAAUAAAAUGGUAGUAAACCCAAAAUAGCUUUGUAAAUAAAAGUAUACCAGUGACUGAGCCUACGAUUGACUAGAGAAGGCCAGCCAACCCUGGUAUAUAAAAGUGCAGUGGUGCGUUUUGCAGUUUAAAAUAAAUCUCAAUGCUUCAUCGUAAAGGGUGUCAAUUGAUUUCAAACGUGCUUAUUUUCCACGAUAAAUCACUGUGCUGUCAAACGAAAUCAGAAAGUUCUAGAACUCCAUGGGUGUCAAGAUGGUUAGUGCCUAGGAACACAGACCAUUCUACACCAUUCAAAUGAAACCAAAUCAAAUGUUAUUUGUCACAUGCUUCGUAAACAACAGGUAGACUAAUGGUAAAAUGCUUACUUACGAACCUUCCCAACAAUGCAGAGCAGAAGUAAUAACACGGAAUAAAUAAACAAUGAGUAACGAUAACUUGGCUAUAUACACAAGGUACCAGUCCCAAGUCCAUGUGUGAGGUAAUAGAAGGUAUAUAUGUACAAAUAGGUAGGGAUAAAGUGACUAAGCAACAGGAUAGAUCAUAAACUGUAUCAGCAGCGUAUGUGAUGUCUAGAAAGUUAGUGCAAAAAGGGUCAAUGCAGAUACUGUUGGUAGCUAUUUGGUUAACUAUUUAACUAACUACAGUAUUUAGCUGUCUUAUGGAUUGGGAGUAGAAGCUGUUCAGGAUCUUGUUGCUUACAUAUGUUGUGCGUCGGUCCAGCUUCUCAUGCGGUAGCAGAGAGAACAGUCUGACUUGGGUGUCUGGAGUCUGACAAUUUUUAGUGCCUUCCUUACACUGCCUGGUAUUGAGUUCCUGGUAUAGAGGUCCAUUCGGGUGUUAUUGGAUUUAUUUGCUAUUUGUUAGCCACUCUGACACAUUUUUCUCCAUAAAAUGGGAGUAGCCUUUGCAGUUGAGCUGGCCGCUUAAAGGAAAGGACUCAAAUCUUCCCAUGUAACUGUCAUACUCAUGGAAUUUGUUGCAUGAAUUAGCCUAAAUCCAUUUAUAGCUACAUCUAGACCUUACUCCAAUGCAUUGUAGAGAAUAGAGGAGUUUUAUAAUUUCACUCCAGCGUUAGGGAAUAGGUAUAAUGGUUAUGGUGCUAUGCAUGGGAUGUUUGAAGAUGACGAGUAGCCUACACUACCACUUUUGUAACCAAACUUUAGGCUAUAGAUUUGGUGGCUUAACUGGCACCGCCAGAAAACUGUUCAGUUAUCUUCUCUAGCUGCAUUCUCAAUAUAGCCAGGUGUUGUCUUCAAUAGCAAGUGUUCCACUCUUGUCUUUGGAUUAAAAAUAACUGCUCUGCAUUGUCCCACUUACCUACCUUUGCAAUACUCCACCAAAUAUAUUUCCAAGUAUUUGUAUUCUGCUCUUGGAAGGUGGAAAUAUUAGCCUCAAGUGUCAAAGCGUUUUUGUUUUUCCCUUAAAUCUCCUGUUUACAGUAUUUGCUUGGGAGUCACGUAGGCCUUCCCCAUUUAGCCAAAUUAGCCCAGGUCACUGACUGAAACUAGGCUCUAGGUACUUUAAUUGCAAGGAAUCAUAAUUUGUUAUCUUCUUUGCUUCAAUGGGUCAAGAUGUAGCAAGCAGAGAUUGUUUCUGUUAACAGAAUUGUUUUGAAAUUCAGAGAAGGGUAGGUCAGCACUCACUUCCCUGUAUUUAAAAUGAACACAAUGACUUUGAAGUGGCACAGCACGAUUCAUCAAAGCCACCACCCUCACACUUUCCUGUCUAUCCUCCUCUGUGCAGGAACAAGUGAGCACGCCGUCCUCUGCGCACACUCACCCACCGGAGGCGGCCAGCCCAGCCGGGACCAUGAGCGAGCGUGGCCCUCGAACGGAGGCCUCCAUGUUUUUGGAGGUGGACCGCCUCGAGCGUGAUGACAACGAUGAAGACAAGAUGGCGCACUACGACGACGACAAAGACGAUGCCGACCUGAUGUCGGCACCCUCGGGCUCCCGCGUCUACGACCGCACUACGGUGCUCAUCGAGCAGGACCCCAUCCGGCUGGACGAGGAGGGAGAGGAGGACCAUGGACACUGUGUGGGGGACGACGACGGGGGCACUUUCCUAGUCGAUGGGGACCUGGACGAGGAGGACGAGGAGGAGGGCUCUAUGACCUUCAUGGGCGACCAGGACGGCAUGUCGCAGGGAUACGUGCAUCACACCAUCUCGCCCGACCAGAUCCAGUUCAUCAUCAACCCGGGGUCCAUGGCCAUGCCGCGCAACAUCGAGGGGGCCACCCUCACUCUGCACUCCGAGUGUCCAGAAACCAAGCAAAGGGAGGUGAAGAGGUACCAGUGCAUGUUUGAGGGCUGCACACGGACCUACAGCACGGCGGGCAACCUGCGCACACACCAGAAGACCCACCGGGGCGAGUACACGUUUGUGUGCAACCAGUUGGGCUGCGGCAAGGCCUUCCUCACCUCCUACAGCCUGAAGAUCCACGUGCGCGUUCACACCAAGGAGAAGCCCUUUGAGUGCGACGUGCAGGGCUGCGAGAAGGCCUUCAACACCCUGUACAGACUGAAAGCACACCAGAGACUGCACACGGGGAAGACGUUCAACUGUGAAUCAGAGGGAUGUACAAAGUACUUUACCACACUCAGUGACCUGAGGAAGCACAUUCGCACUCAUACUGGGGAGAAACCAUUCCGGUGUGACCAUGAUGGUUGUGGCAAGGCGUUUGCUGCCAGCCAUCACCUAAAGACGCAUGUACGGACACACACAGGGGAGAAGCCUUUCAACUGUCCCAGCGACGGCUGUGAGAAAGCAUUCAGCAGCCAGUACAGUUUGAAGAGUCACGUCAGGGGCCAUGGGGCUAAGGGCCAGCCCUUCAGUGUCACCCUCACCCACCCCUUGUCCGAGGAUGCAAAUCAUUCACUGUGCCUCAGUGACUUGAGCCUCAUCUCGACUGACUCGGAGCUCAGAGAAAACAUCCACAAUUCUCAGAACUUGGACUUGAGCAGUGUUACCCCCGUGAGGAUCUUCGAGCUCAUGUUCCAGAGUCCGGAGAACAGUGUUAGUCAAGACGAUGCACAUCCUCACGAGCGCCUUGUUGAAGCCUUUGGCCAGGAGACUGGCCAGUCCACCAUGGGCGAUGGAUCCACCCCCAUCUCCUUCUCGUUCUCCCUCGUCCCUUCCUCCUCAUCCUCCUGUUCCCACUCCCACCCUCACUCCCACACCACCACCACCACUGUCCUUGAGGCUUCCUCCCAGAUCCCUCUAAGCCAAACCCCCUCUUCCCAGACUCCAGCACCUCCUGCCCCCAUUAGUAAUAUUACCACAGUCAGCUCUACCCAGCACCCUGCCACCUUCGUACCCUUACCCACUGCCCUGCAGACGCCAGAUGUGCCUGCCCCCUACGUGGCACUGCCCGCCCAGAUUGCUCCAAUAGUGCCCUCUACUGUGCCAGUAGUGGUGCCAGGCCCAGCCCUGGCCAACGCGGCUCUGGGCGCUGUAGUCGCCACCACAGAGACUGUGCCGCUGCCGGCCGUGGCUCACACUCACACCGUGCCUUUGGCCAGCAACACCAACCCUGCCCUGGUGCCCCCAGCCUCUGCCCCCACUUUCACCCCAAGCCACACCCAGAGCCUGCUGCAGCCCAGCAUCGUCAUGUCCGACCAGAACCUGCAGUGGAUCCUUAACACCGCAGCCAACAACCAGCAGAACCCAGAGCAAGCGGCACACAGAGGUCCAAAAGUAGAGAAGGUCUUCUUUACCACAGCCAUACCCGUGGGAGGAAAUCCAGGCAACUCUGUCCAGCAGAUCGGCCUCAGCCUUCCCGUCAUCAUCAUCAAACAGGAGGAGUCAUGCCAGUGUCAGUGUGCCUGCAGGGACUCUGCUAAAGACAAGACCUCCAACAAGAGCAGCAACGCCUCGGCAGCACCACAACAGCCCGCAGUGCCCCCCACUCCUCCACCUGCCCCCGCUCCCGUAGCACUGCCCUUUCCCCCCGUACUCCCCCCGGCGCCCUCUUUCCCCUUGUGCUCCCUCCCACCACUCACCUCAGAAGUGAACGAGUCCCUGCCUCUUCCCCAAACAGGUGCAGUACUAGGACCGGGUAGCCCCUCGACCUCUGUACAUACGUUCUCCACAGGGGUGGCCACGGCGACCACCAACCCCCCUCCUAUCACGGAUGGUUUGGCCACCAUGGACGUGUCGGACUUCCUGUCCCUGCAGAGCCCCGAGAGCACGGCCAACAUCGAGGCUCUGCUACUGGUGACCAGCAGUGACGACUUCACUAUGGCUGGCGCUAGCACCACCAUCAACCCCUAGUGGACACUCAGGCUUUGUCCCUAUUCUCCACCCUUCUCUUGCAUACUCCCAGUCAUGGAUUUAAAAGCAUUGAGUUGGUGUAAGCGUUGGACAGAGGGAGUUUCUACCAUUGUUAAAUUUAAGGGAGUGUGCAAAUGCACACUUUAAGAGAAGGAUGUAGAAUCAGGACGCAGCUGCACUUUCCGAUUUACCCACUACACGUCCGCUUUUCCAGUAUUGUAAGUGAAACUUAAUGAGUGGGCUUGUUUUGGAAAAGCAGCAAAAUGCAUGCCAGUCUAGAAAAGUGUUCUUAAUUGGCUGGCUCUCCAUCAAACAAGACACUGUCUUGAAAGGCCCUAAGAACAAUUGUCGGCUUCUAAUAUGGCGUGAAGCUGAUUCCUGAGAGGAGCAAAACAAAACAUUGUUGUCUAUAUCCAUGUACUGUACAUUAGUUCCUAACUGUAACUAAUACGAUUAGUUGGUAAGUGAUUGACCAGAAUGCACUGCAUGUGAAGUGAAUUGGAAUUUCAUCAACUAUAUUUCCUACAAGGAAUUUGUGGCAGUUUGCCAUUCCCUUAAAAGCAAUGUAUUGCUUAUGCCAUAAUGUGAAGAGUAAUUUCCAGUGUUUUAUAUAAAUUAGCUAGUGUAGUCCAGGUUUUUGUUUUGUCUUUCGUCUCGCUUUGUUAGUUUUUGUCUUUCUUUACAGGUACCCAUUGAAAAAGAAAUUGCCUGUGACACAAUUUGCUUGACUUUUAAAUAUAAUUUAGAAGUCAAUACAUUAGUAAUAAUACUUUUAAUUAUUGGAGAUAAAAAAUCAAAAUCUCUGACCUUAGACUGUCAUCAAGUCUCAGCUUAUUGAUCAUCAUUGUUAAGUUAUUCCACUUUUCGCCUAAGGUUUCUUUUUUAGUCCCCCUUCUGUUGUUACUGAUUUUUGUUUUAUGGAGCCCUGCUCAAUCUAAGUUUUCAGAAAGCCGUUUUAACACUGCACCUUAUUGCAAUUAAUUGUACAUCGAGGUUGUCAAAAAAAGGUCCUCAAUGGUAUUUUUGGUCUGCAAAACCUCUUCACAAUGAAAUCAUGGAUCAAGGAUGAAAAAAAUUGCUGUCAACCGUGUUUCUCUAUGAAUUACAACCCACUCAGGGAUGCAUCAUGGCAUAUCUAAUUUAUACAACUUGAGAUUUUCCUUUAUUUAAUAAGAGAUUGUCCAUUUUAGACAUUUUAGCAGUCAACUGCCCGGAUGCCCGUCGAUUGUAGUAGCCCCCUUUUUCGGCUGCACUCUCACCUCUUUGUGCACUGUCUAAUAUGACCAGUUAUCUGCGUUAUUACUAUGACACUAUUUGAAUACCACUGCGGUCAGAAGUGGUUUGUAUUUGAAGGGUGUUGAUGGUGUAAAUACGGUACAUUUAAAUAUGAACACUUAUUCCUUCAGAUUGUUUUAGAAUGUAUUUGUUUUGUAUAUCAUUUUGAAUAUGUAGACUUGAACCUUGGCGACUGAAGACGAUACCCCAAUGCGCUGCCCUUUGUCUUUGCAUUCUGCGCCCAUGCAGAUGCUCACACAUCUUAUGCAGAACAGUUUAAAAUGAAGCCUUAUAAUGGUUAGUUUUAGGGCCAUUGGCUUCUGUGCAGUCAACAUAGUAUUUAUUUUCAAAUGCAAGCAUAAGUAACUUUCUUGGAAUAUAUGACGAUAUUGUUUCACAUGGGACAUAAUGCAAUGAUUACAAAAUUGGAGAGAAGGCAUUAUGCCCUAAUAUCAUGUGUAGAGCAACCUAGCCUUACUACAGGAUAUCUCACUUGCUGUGGCUUACUGAGCUGGCUCCUUGCCUUGUCAAUCUUUGCCAAUGGCUUGAUUUGGACACGCUGCCUGACUACUUCCUCUUGUUAAUCUAGUCUUGUUCAAUGCCUUUUUAGCAGCUGUCUACAAGUGGACAACAGUACAUUAAAAAGAAAUACGUCAUUGUUUGUUUGAAGAUUUAACAGAUAUUGUGCCAACAAAUCAAAUGAUCCCCCGAUUAUUAUUUUUCUAUUGUAAUUUUUUAUGUGAAGAUGUUACUGCAGAAAUGUACUGUAGAUGGAAAUUGUUUUGUUUUUUUGUUUUUUUUGUACUGUAUUGUAGACUUAAUACUUUAUUUUACAGAUCAAUACAUCAAUGUUGUAGUCGGAAAUUGUAAUUACAUCAACAGUUUGAAUUGGUACUUCACAGGCAUUGAUUGACAGCAGCUAUCAUGUUCUAUUAUUUAGCAUGGAAAGAGGGACUGAGAUCCAACCUAAGUGUCGUCAUGUAUCAUAGGAUAACAGAGUAUGCAGGAAAUCUUUGUCUGGCAGACCUGAAUAGGGGAAAUGUUUAAACUAACAUGGGCUUUGCCCUUUUCCUGUUUUGAGAUUUAACCAAUACCAAAAACCUGGUGAUAUCCUGCAAUACCAGUUAAUGUAUUUGGCACUUAAAAUUUAAUAUAAAAUGUGAAUUAUCAAAUGUUAAAUAAUUUUUAUUAUUGCUAUUUAUACUUAAGAAAAAUAUUAGUGACAAUUUGAAAGAUUUUACUGAGUUACAGUUCAGAAAAAGAAAUCAGAAAGGCCCUAAUCUAUGGAUUUCACAUGACUGGACAGCGGCACAGCCAUGGGUGUGCCUGGGAGGGCAUAGGCCCACCCACUGGGGAGCCAGGCUCAGACAAUCAGAAUGUGUUUUUCCCCCAACAAUAGGGCUUUAUUACAGACAGAAAUAAUCAUCAGCUGUCUGGGUGGCCGGUCUCGGACACUCCCGCAGGUGAAGAAGUUGGAUGUGGAGGUCCUGGGCUUGCGUGGUAACACGUGGUUUGGAUGUACUGCCAAAUUCUCUAAAACGACAUUGAUGUCCACCAUAACAACAGCUCUGGUGGACAUUUCUGCAGUCAGCAUGCCAAUGGCACGCUCCCUCAACUUGACAUGUGCCCAGCAUAAGGUGCACCUGUGUAAUGGUAAUGCUGUUUAGUCAACUUUUUGAUAUGCCACACCUGUCCAGUGUAUGGAUUAUAUUGGCAGAGGAGAAAUGCUCACUAACAAGGAUGUUAACAAAUUUGAGAGAGGCAUUUUGUACGUAUAGAACAUUUCUAGGAUUUUUUUUAUUUUUUAUGAAACAUGGGAACAACACUUUAUGUUGCAUUCAUAUUUUUGUUCAGUAUAGGUAUUCCCCCUCACAAUGCUGGUCAAUAACUUGAUGUAUUACAAAUAUGAACCCUGACCACCCUCAACAUGUUCACCUCCCAAUUCAAUGCAUACUUUUUAAGAAAAUAUCUAUGCAAUGAUUUGAGUGCAGUAUUCCUUAAAGUACAAAAUGCAACAAAUAAUCAUGACCAACCUUUUACAUCAAUGUCUUGGGCCAAGUAAUUCAGUUAAAUCAAUAUUCAGUUUUGCUAAUGUCAACUUUGAAGGCUCAACUUUCUCAUUUGCAAAACUCCAUAUACGUAACCAUUUUUGCUCAAAAUUCUUUCAGUAUUCAACUUAGCGGUAUAACCAACUUGACAUCCUAUUUUGAUCACCAUAAUCAUCCAUUUUAUGUGAAGGUUCAAGUUAUUACGUGUGAUGUAUCAUGUUUGAGGUGGGGCUGUAAGCCUGGGCAUUGAAAUGUUUGUCUUUUUUCCCAUUGCUUUCCAGUGAAUAUUGAAUCAUUAGUUCUUUACAUAUACCUAUUUAAAAGCUAACUGGAUUUGUGGGGGGGGGGGAUUAUGAUUCUGUUGUAAGAAUUAUUUGGGUCAAAUGUUGUAUGCUGCAUCUUUAAGUUUUGGGUGAAUAACAAUCAUUGUGUUCUCAUACUGUAUGUGCUAUUUUUACUCAAAUCAUCUCAAUUAACUUUACGUUAAUCUGUAAGGGUGAUACAAGUCGGGUCCAAAGUUGUUAGAAUUGAAAGUGCUGGUUCUAACUUUGCUAGAAGAUACUGACCCUACUGUUAUGCUUGUUUACACUGAGCUCAAAACGCCUUCAUGGUUAUAUUAAGACACUAGAGCCGGCGCGAGAUAUGGGUGGGAAAAGUUACCUCAAUGCAGGGACGGGAUAUGCCACUGUACUCCAAAAAACUGCCCUUUCUGUCCUGUUAGCUAGCAGUAGCCACAGCAGCCAUUAGGGAAUGGCACAGUUAUCCACUAGUAACCACAAAGUCAAAAUUGGCAUGAAACAAGCUUUCUUAAAGGGUUAGGCAUAAGAUUAGCAGUGCUGUUAAGGCUAGGUUUAAAAUCACAUUUGGAGAGAAAUGUGGGGUUUGACUGAAUUCAUGAAAACAAAAAUGAGCUUUUCUAAAUUUAAGGUAGGCAGUGUGAUUAGGUUUAAAAUCACAUUUUGAGAAGAGAAAUGGCAGGGUCUGUCUGUGGUAGCUAGUGAUCAAGGGCACGUCACAAAGAAGCUGAUUGGCUGACACUCAAAUGGCUGCGGUGAAUACUGCUAGCUAGCAGGAGCACAAAAAUGACAGUUUUGAGGGAUGGAUGUGUUAAGGUAAAAUAUAGUACAGUAGAAUAGCCCAGAGGUACGUUUUCUGACCCAUAUCUCACGCCGGCUCCACGGUGUCCAGGGCAGCAGGUAGCCUAGUGGUUAAGGGUGUUGGGCCAGUAACCGAAAGUUCGCUGAAUCGAAUCCCCAUGCCUGCCAGGUGAAAAAUCUGUCUGUGCCCUUGAGCAAGGCAUAAUUGCUAUUGUAAGUCGCUCUGGAUAUGAGUGUCUGCUAAAUGACACCAUGGUUCUGACCCCAGUAGAUCUGUGAACAAGGGUUGAAUCUUCUGGCAAGUUCAGCCUUUAUUAUAUACACUUAACCACUUACCUUUAGGUUAAAUUGUCAGUUGAAUAACGGCUCAAAUGGGGAUUUUUGUCCUUUUUUAUAGCCAAUGGUCAGAUGCUUGGAAUGGUGAGUGCAUAGGUGCAAAACACUGGCGGCAGUUGAGGUUUUGAAAAAGUGCCACUUUGAAGAAAGCAGUUAGUAUUUUGGAAUUCUGUUCACUUGAACACUCAAUGGGUAAAACGAGGGGGAAACGUAAUGCUUCCAAAGGAAUGUCUUCAACACCCAAAGAAUUAAGUUGUAAAGGAUUUCUAUUUUUAAAAGAAUGUAUCAUGUGAAAUUGGUUUGCUUAUGCUUGUUUUGUAUAAAGUAGUAUUGCAUAAUAAAGUAAUUAUUUUGAA